AUGUUUACCAACCCAUUCGACACUUCCCCCGUUUCCUCUACCAUCACAUCCAUGCCAGGGCCACAUGAUUCCGGCAGCAUUUCUUCCCAGAUCUCCUCGCCCUCCAUCACUUCCAGCGGUGGGCCGAAUAAACCCCACCCUCGACGUCUUUCGUUGACCAUCCCUCCUAUUCCUCACACCACCGAUCAUGGUCGACGCCUCUCAACUGUAUCCACUCCUCUCAGAGAACACGCACCCACCACUCCUCACGAGUGGGAUCCUCCUACGCCCGGACCGUUCUCACCCAGACCAAACGCUAGGGUCGCUCAGGGCAUUCUUCGGAAUUCGAAGCCUCACAGCGAUACCUAUUACGCCACACUCCCGAAACGGGAAUCCGCUCCAGAGCAUUCCAUCGCCAUGAACCUUCCUUCCUCUCGAGAGCACCACACCACGGAUCGUCCGCGAUUCUACUCUCUUCCAGCGGGGCUGGCUAGGAAACAGGCAAAGCUGAGCCCAGAAUUCCCUCAAGUCGACUUGAACACAAUCAACACUUCUCGUCCUCGCCGCUACAGCCUAGCGCAGGGUCCUCCUAUCUCAGACGACUAUUUCCAUCACCUCGCAGGUAGCCCUGCAAAUCUUGCCUCCGCUCCAGAUACGCCUCCGGAGCACAUCGACUCUCCCUUCCCAUCGCCGCCGAUCAACGCGGACGACUCACAUGCUGGAGUCAACCGGGAGGGCCGAUGGGUUUCACUCCCCAGCACUGGUCCGAAAAUUCGGGUCCACACUCCCCUCGCGAAAUCACCCAAUGCUAAAUCGAGCGUUCGGUUUCAGUCUUUCCGUUAUCAACUGAAGUUGGACACGAUUGGGCUCGGAGGUGCAGGCUCUAAGUCAAGUUUCUUAGAAGGAAGGAGGCAUAGUAGCGUGGCGGUGACGAGUGCGGCUCGUGUAGCCACACCGCCUCUCAGCCGGACAGCGUCUGGAGUCGUAGCAUGA